GAUGAGGACUGCUUGGCCACGGGCCAGGACGCAGGUGCCAGCUGGGUUCAGAUGAAGACAACCAAGGUUGAGAACGCCAAAGCAGCGAAAGAUGUUAAUGACAACGGAUACUACUACUACAAGCGCGGCGGCGAUCUUGGCGGCACCAACACGAUCACUUGGUCCGUCCCGUCAGAUAUCUCGAAUCCUUCCUGGGUCUGGGAAAACGAGCUGGAUGAGCAAAUCCGUCAUUCCCCGCUGAUUGAUGACAAGAAGAACAUCUACGUGGCUGGAACGCAGCGAUUGCGAAAGUUCAGCCCUGACGGGAAGCUAUUGUGGCUCUUUGUUCAGGACGAGAAGUCGAACACGUCUCCCACCAUGGGGAACGGUGUGAUCUACUUCCGCGUGGGCCAGGGUAGCGGCAUCAAUCGUGUCUAUGCCCUCAGCAUGGAGUCUGGUGAAGUCUUGUUCAACACCACCAUUGCAGGCUUUGACUAUGGACCAGACUCACAGUCGCUCCUACUGGCUGGAGGUCGUCUUUUCCUUCCAGCUCUGGCAAGAGCCCUUCAAGGAGGUUGCGAUUCAGUGAUUGCAGUGAACUCCUCGAACGGUGAGCAACUCUGGUCCUACACGACGGACAAAGUGAUGUGGAACUUCUCCCCCAGCACGCCGGAUGGUGGAAAGAGCCUCACCUUUUCCAGCACUUGCGGUGUUUUUCAUAAGCUGAACGCCGAGGAUGGUCAGCUGAUCUUCAAGACUGGUUACGACGGCGACGUUGGG